AUGAAGUGUGUUUGCCUUUCAUUCUUCUUCUUGUUCCUAUCAGUGUGGUUAGUGUUCUUUGGACCACAGCUCCAGUCAUGCUCCUGCCGUACAUGGGUUUGUGUUUGGCACAUGUGCUGUUUUUCUCCUGCUGUACUUGGGAGGCUGCUGCAGAGUUCAGUCCUCUGGCCGGACCUGGACCCCCUGUGCAUACCGAUGAUGGGACCUCUACGACCCCGGAGCCCCUCAGAGAGCAGCCGUCUGCGCAGACGCACACAGGUUCUACCUUUAACGUGAAGGUCCAGGUGAACGAUGCCCUGAAUCCCCGCCCCCUGAGCAAGGCAGUCGUGGAAGUGUACACCAACUACACAAGGACCCUGACAGUCCAGACGGGGGAGGACGGCCGCACGAUGCUCAGCGUUCCGUACCGACAUGGGACGCCUGUCACCGUAGUGGCAUGUAGAAAGUUCUACAUGUGCACACUGUUACCAUGUCAACCUGACAGAACGCCAAUCUUUUCAUCCUGGACUGUGUCACUGCUGGCUCUGACUCCAGGAAACCUGUGGUUCUUUGAAGACUCUGUGCUGAUCACCAGCAGAUCGUCUGAUGAUCGGUCCAAACCUGUCGUCCGGUUUCAGAAGAACCAGCUGAACCUGAGCCACGGUGCAGAGGUGACGUCUGUUACAGCCUACGUUACUGUUCCCACGGUCCAAACAGAACAGGGCGGAGCCUCCGCAAACAUGUUCGGCAUCAUGAGCAGCAACGCAGGUUACGUCAGUGUGGAGGUGGUCCCGUUGGCUGCCGUCAGUGUGCAGCUGUUUUCUGGACACACACAGUUACAUGUGGGUGGACCUGUUCAGAUCAGCGUCCCCGUCCCAGACCCCUGUGGACUCCAGCCUGGAAGUGUCGUCCCCGCUUGGUCCUUAAAUCACACCACUGGUGGGUGGAUGAGGAAGGGUCUGGGGAGGCUGGUGUCCGUUGAAGGGACACUCCUGUGGACCUUCUCUGCUCCUCACCUCGGACACUGGACAGCAGCAGCUUUGUCUCCACCUAGAGGUGUCUUUGGACAUGAACUCUCCGUUGAAUUUAUCUUACACCACUGGUCUUUCCUCAUGAUUCUCCUCGUAGGAACACUUGUUGUCGUCAUCUGCCUCUUGGUUCUAUUAUUGUGGCAUCGAAGUCGUUCCGUCGCUCAAACUCAGCUGAAGUCUGAUGCUGUUCAUCUGCAGAACCCAGAACAGAACCCAGAACAGAACCCAGAACAGAACCCAGAACAGAACCCAGAACAGAACCCAGAACAGAACACCUGUACGUCUGUGCUUUCUCUGUAUGACUCCACCAUCAUCACCAACCCUGAUGCCGAACUGGGACUGGUCCGGACUAAAGAAGACCUCGCCCCACCAGAUCGUCCUGGCUCCGAGGCUGACGGGACGGACCCCCCCCAGCAGACGGUGGUCCAGGCCUCUCUGACAGAGAACCUGUUUUUCUUCAACCAGCCCGUGGCUGUUCUUCACGCACCCGCCUUCUUCCAUCUGGAGGACGACAGCGAGCGACCCCCGUGGAGGAAGUGGGCCACUCUGCCUCGUUCGGGGGCUUCACCUGGACCCACCGAGCCCCCGAGCAAAGACGGCUUCACCCAGACCUCUGCCGCCCAGAGCCAGGCCGGACAAAGCCAAGACCGGCUCCAGGUUCUAGGAGACCCCCCUGCAGAACCCCCAUCCAGAGGUCAGUGCGGCCUCCCGGAGUCGGCGUCGGAACCGGGAACCCUGAACCGGCUCAGAGCGGACCAGAACCGACGCUCCAUGCACGCCUCCUCAGAACUCUCCAGAACCUCCUCUCCUCGGGCCUGGUUCGUGUCGCUGGAGGGAAAACCUGCCGCCGAGAUCCAUUACACCGACUCCGACCAGCAGAGGAGACGGAGGCCGGUGGAGAGUCGAGAAACCAGCUUAGACUCUGGGGUGGACGUGAGCGAACUGAGCCAGAGCGGAGGGAGGAGGGGGGUGACGCUGGAGCGCAACCGGACCUUCAUUAAGAACACGUCCAGCACCAACUAGGACCGAACACCAAACACUGGAAACUGAGUCAGGGGUCUGGAGUUGAUCCUGUAGAGCAGGGGGGCCAAACUCAUUUAGGUUCAGUUCCACAUUCAGCCCAGUAUGAUCUGAAGUGGGCCGGACCCAUCAAAUAACAGAGGGUCUGCACCACAGCUGUUUAGUGUCCGACUGCAGUGGAAGCUCAGCUUCUCCUAAAAUGACUCCCAUUAAAUGUUCAAAUCUGUUCAGUUGUU